AUGGGGUGCAAUCGAAACUGUGGCUUGCUGACGGGAACAAUCAUUGGAGCAGCGUUAGCCAUCCUCGGAGGAAUUUUAAUCCCAGUUGGAAAUAACCUCAUUGAGGACACAGUAAAAAAGGAAACUGUCAUUGAAAAGGGUACAACUGCCUAUGAGAACUUUGUGGUUGCAGGGAGUCCCAUCUACCGACAGUUUUGGUUGUUCGAUGUACAGAACCCAGAGGAUGUGAUGGCGAACGGUUCCGCUCCAAUUCUUCAGCAGAAAGGUCCUUACACUUACAGGAUGCGAUAUAAGCCCAAGGAAAAGAUCACUGAACAUGAAGACGGCACCCUGUCUUACUUCCAGCGAAACAUUUUUCUUUUUGAACCUGAAAUGUCCGUUGGGACAGAAAAUGAUAAUGUUACCACUGUCAACCUUGCUGUUGUGGCUGCACCAGUUUUGUAUCCGGAUGUAGUUGGCUUACUGAAUAUGUUUAUACAACAAUCAAAAUCAAAAUUUCUCCAAACUAGAACUGUGAAAGAAAUACUUUGGGGCUAUGAAGAUCCUUUCCUGAAAUCAAUUCCAAUACAAGGCAUUGAUAAAGUUGUUGGAGUAUUCUAUCCUUUCAAUGACACAUCUGAUGGCCCUUACCGAAUUUACAGUGGGAAAAACAAUAUAAGCCAGACGGGAAUUAUACACAGUUAUAAAAACAACAGGACCCUUGAAUACUGGCAAAGUUAUUGUGCUAUGGUGAAUGGCACCGAUGCAGCGUCCUUCCACCCUUUUGUCGACAAGAGUGAUGUGCUGUAUUUCUUUUCCGCAGAUAUUUGCAGGUCUAUCUCUGCAAUAUUUGAUACUGAGAAUACGGUGAAAGAGAUCCUUCUUUAUCGGUUCCCUAUUUCUCCAAAGGCUUUUGCCUCGCUCGAUAUCAAUCCGGAUAAUAUAUGCUUCUGCACCGAAAUGGAGCUGAGUCGGAACUGCUCACUAAGGGGAAUUCUGGAUGUCAGCUCCUGCAAAGGAGGCAAACCAGUCUACAUCACAUUGCCCCAUUUCCUAGAGGCGAGUGAGGAACUUUUUCAAUUUGUUGAGGGACUGAAGCCAAAUAUGGAAGAACAUAUGACUUUUGUGGAUGUGGAACCAAUCACAGGGCUUACCAUGCACUUUGCCAAAAGGCUGCAGAUAAAUUUACUGGUGCAACCGAAUUCAAAAAUCACAGUCCUCAAAAACAUCAAGCAACACUUUCUCUUUCCUAUUUUGUGGCUGAAUGAGACGGCUGUGAUCAGUGACGAGAAAGCAGAACUCUUCCGAUCAAAAGUGACCGACAAGAUCAAGUUGCUGAACAUCAUGCAAAUAUUGCUCAUCACUCUUGGUUGUGUGAUGUUCCUGGGAUUCCUCAUUGCCUUUUUCGCAUGCAGAAGAAAGACUUCCAAAUAA